GCGAGAAAACAAAGCAAAGCAAAGGAAAAACCCUGAUUAUUAUCGAGGUGUGUGUUGAGAGUUAGAUAGAGAGAGUGAGUGAGUGAGAUCUGCGAAUACAAAAACAAAGAGAGAGCUAAGACCCCCCUCCUCCCCCCCAAACUCUCUGAAAACUCCUUCACUCGAUUACAUAAAAUCCAUUACUGAGGAAAAAGCACAUGAGGAUCCGGAAGAACGCGAAGCUUUCCCCUCUUCUAUUCUCGUCCUCUUUACGAGGUGGUUCGGUUCCGGUUGAAAGGUUUCAGACCCACGUGUGCCAGCUGAACCAGUCUCCAUGGGAUGUGAUCCCCUUUCACUCUGACUCCAUCCAGCUCGAACCCGACGAUACCUUCACCGCUGCAAAUAAUGCCAGCGCUGGCGACUCCUUCGGCGCCGUCCAAAGCGCUGGUUCGAUGAUGGACUCCGACGACAAGGUUAAGCUCGAAGAAACAAUGACGAUGGUGGCUGAUAAUAAUCACGAUAAUUGUAAGACGAGAAACUCGUGCUGCUGUAGGAACGAAGGUAAACAAGCUCAAUCGUUUUGCGAACAUCAUUCGACUCUUCUUAGGUCAUACAACAGUAGUAACAGCAGCGGUUAUGCCAACAAGAAAGCGGUUACGGCGGGGAACCGCCGCGUGAAGACACGCUCCGCGAAGAAGCCACCGAGUUCGAACCCUUAUGAAUUCUAUUAUUAUUCUGGGUUCGGACCCUUGUGGGGUAAACGAAGAGGUGAUAGAAAUGGAGAAGGGAGCAAGAACAGCGUCGGAGGAGGAGAGAAUUCGACAAUGGUGGAGUCCGAGGAUGUCGUGGAUGCUCCUAGUGAUGUUGUCGACGAUAAUAACAACAGCAACAAUAAUGAUAACAAUGUUUGUGCUUCGGAGAUGGAUAAUGGGGAAUUCGAUUAUGUGGAUGAUGACGAAGAAGAGGAUGUUAACGAGGAUGAUGGAGGGAAGAAGAGAAUGAGGAAGCCAGUGAAAGCAAGGUCGCUUAAAUCGCUAAUGUGAAGAUGGGUAACAAAGAUAUAGUAAGAUCGAGGGUUGGGGUUCAAUGUAUUGUUUUGUGAUUAUCGUAAUUUGUUGUUGUCUUUUUAUUAUUUUUAUUUUGGUGUUAGGGUCAUGUUGGGUUGGGUUCUCCUCUUUGGGAUAUUUAGGGUUAUGAAAUAAUGAUGCUAAUUUUGGUUUCACAUGACGAUGAGUUGGUUCGCGGGUGAGUUUAGAGUUGCCAACAUCACUGACGGUAGGGGUUUUAAUCUAGUGUGAAUGAGGUGGACCGGAAAAACUGUGUGUUUCAAAUUAAAGGGUGUAUU